AUGGAUGCUACACCAAGUGAAGACGAUCAUCUGCAAGGGGAUGCUGUAAAUGCCAGAGUUCCUAAACCAAUAGGGACUUCCACCCCUAGAGCCACAUCUAUAGUAGCUACUUCAUAUGCAACUUUAACAUUUCCCACUUCACCUUUUGAUGAUAUUAUUCGUAUUCUGAUGCUAAAUGGUGAUAAUUUCUAUGACUGGAAAGAAAAUAUUCUUCUAAAAUUGGGGUGCUUAAAGCUUGAUAUGGUGCUCCGUGUGGACAAACCACUCGCCCUCACAGAAUCAAGUAUGCCAGCACAGAUUUUAAAAAAUGAACAGUGGGAGCAAUCUAAUCGUUUUUGUUUGUUGUUUAUGAAAUCUCACAUCAACAAGAGCAUUCAGGGUUCCAUCCCUGAAACUGAUAAGGUUAAAGCAUUCCUGAAGGUAGUUGCGAAACAAUUUGUUUGCUCUGAUAAGGCUUUAGCUAGCACUCUAAUUAAGAAACUAUCAAGUAAGACUUUUGAUAGUACUAAAGGUGUGCGUGAGCACAUUAUGCAAAUGAGGGACAUGGCAGCUCAACUUAAGUCCCUAAAGUUGGAGAUCUUCGAGUCAUUCUUGAUACAUUUCAUUCUGAAUUCUCUCCCUUUUGAAUAUAGUCCUUUCAAAAUCUCUUACAAUACACAUAAGGAUGAGUGGUCAGUUAAUGAAUUAUUGACCAUGUGUGUUCAAGAAGAGAAGAGAUUAAAAAAUGAGAGGCCUAAAAGUGUUCAUAUAGCCAAUCAUACUAAUGGAAAGACCAAGAAAGGCAAGGAUACCCAACUGCAUAAGCACAAGGUGUCAUUUUUCUAA